AUGUCCACUGCGGUGGUCAGCGCCGACGACGAUGUUCUCGAGCCCUCCCUCCAGAACCUCAUUGACCAGCAGACGCUAAGAUGGAUCUUUGUGGGAGGAAAAGGUGGUGUCGGCAAAACCACAACCUCAUGUUCUCUGGCAAUCCAAAUGGCAAAAGCAAGGAAAUCCGUGCUGUUGAUCUCGACCGACCCAGCCCACAACCUGAGUGAUGCGUUCAGCCAGAAAUUCGGAAAAGACGCAAGACUCGUCGAGGGUUUCACCAAUCUCAGCGCCAUGGAAAUUGACCCCAAUGGCAGUAUCAAUGAUCUGAUCAACGGGGCAGGAGAUGAGGCUCAAGAUGCUAUGGCUGGACUGGGUGGCAUGGGCAAUAUGAUGCAGGACCUGGCAUUCAGUAUUCCUGGCGUUGACGAGGCCAUGUCCUUCGCAGAAGUCCUCAAACAGGUCAAAUCCCUCUCGUACGAGGUCAUUAUCUUCGAUACUGCUCCCACCGGCCACACUCUCCGUUUCUUACAAUUUCCUACCGUUCUCGAAAAAGCUCUAGCUAAGAUUUCUCAACUUUCGACUCAAUUCGGCCCCAUGCUGCAAUCAGUCAUUGGCGCCAGAGGAGGUCUGCCGGGUGGUGCUAGUCUUGAAGAUCUGACCCAGAAACUCGAAUCUCUUCGAGAAACCAUUGCGGAAGUCAAUGGUCAAUUCAAAAAUCCCGACAUGACCACCUUUGUUUGUGUCUGUAUCGCCGAAUUCCUGUCCUUGUACGAGACCGAACGGAUGAUCCAGGAGCUGGCGAGCUAUCAUAUUGACACACAUUGCAUUGUGGUCAACCAGCUACUAUUCCCCGAGAAACACAACGAUUGCAAGCAGUGCAAUUCCAGAAGGAAGAUGCAAAAGAAGUACCUGGACCAGAUCGAAGAGCUAUAUGAUGAGUUCAACGUGGUCAAGAUGCCUCUACUGACUGACGAAGUAAGGGGUGUUGAAAAGUUGAAGAGCUUCUCAGAGAUGCUUAUUCAUCCAUACCAGCCACCCUCGUGA